GUGCGGCCAACACUGGGCCCAUCACACGAAUUUGUAUGGCGAGCCUACAGGUUUCAAACACUGUAGCAGUUUUGUUUCACAAAGAUAAGUGCCCAACCACCGUUGCAGAAGCUGCCGAGGUCUUUGCAACGAUUGGUGAUGUGGCGCGGUUGGAUAUGUCCUUGGGGACGACAGUUGGGCUCCUUUUUGUGACCUUCUACGAUGUGCGCGUGGCCCAGCGGGUCGUGCAGCACACAAAACCCUUUGCUUGGCCUGCCCAGGCAGGGAUGGAUGAUUUCCGUGCGGUGAGUUGGUCAAGCUCCCAGUUUGCAAAUCUUCCACGGCAGGAGAGAGGCUUCGAGAGGUUUGGUGAGAUUGCACGGAUUUUUAGCUGCGGCGGUGACAUCAUCAUUGAAUUCUAUGAUAUGCGCGCCGAGUGGCCGCUCCUGGUGGUGGCGCCGUCCUCCUUGCGCUUCGUGUGGCGGGAUCAGGCCGCCCAGUGGCUGCCCCACCUAGUGGGGGAUGAUGGGCAGGACGUGCACGUCGUGAGGAACAGCAAAGACAAGGUCUGCAAAUCGGCGAAACUCGUGGUCUGUACCUAUGACCUGCUCCGGCGCUGUGAACGCCUGCGACGUCGCAGUGACGGUCGUGACUACCUGGUUGUCGUUGUGGAUGAAUCUCAGAGUAUCAAGGAAUCCACGAGUCAGAGGACUAAGGUUGUUGUUGGCAUUUGCAAAGCAGCACGUCGUGUGGUUCUCCUGAGUGGCACUCCAGCGGUGAAUCGAGCCUCAGAGCUCUACACACAGCUGGAGGCACUGAUGCCGUCGGAGAUGCCAAGUUUUUCGCAGUUCGCUGAGCGCUACAGCUACAAGCAGACCCUGCGCUUCGGUGGCCGCACCACGGUGAAAUGGAACGGUGCCCAGCGCCCUGCAGAACUCAACAGUCUUCUGGGCUCGGUGAUGAUCAGGCGGUUGAAAAAGGAUGUGUUGCAGCAGCUGCCAGCCAAGCGGAGGAUGAAGGUCCCCUUGGAUCCAGAGAGCAUCAAUCAGGAGAGUUGCAGCAAUCAGACGAGAGCAUUUCCUCGCUUCAAGAAACACGCGCCGGUAGAAGAUUUUAGAGGCUUCGGACCCCAUCAAAGAUGA